ACCCUUUCCAAAGUAGUGUCCAUGAGACCUCUAUCAAUGUGUCUGACAUUUCAGAAAAUUCAGACGGGGUUGAAGUGAUGAUAAGGAACGUGAAUUCCGGGCUAGUUUUGGAUGGUUCUGACUUUGUCGUGAGGGUAGCACCACUGGUUGGUACCUACACUCAACUCUGGAUCUUCAACAAGUCCACUGAAAACCCAGAAGCUAUCAUUUUCACCAACGUAGCCAAUGGACGUGCCUUGUACAGUUGGCCUUACACGAAAUCGGUAUUCUGCUAUGACUGGGCAGAUACUGUAUAUACGAGGUGGUUUGUAGAGGGUGAUAGGAGGCUGGUCCCUGCUGCAUACCCUCAAGAAUUUUUGUACUAUGGAUACGGUCCGUUAGCUAUUUCGCUGAGAUACGGCGUUUCGUCGGAUGGCACUGAUGAGUGGGUUUUGGUCGAAUCCAAAGAAAAUUCAGAAACUUAGAUUAUUAUUACAAAAUCGAAAGAGAUUGGUUGGAUGAUUUGUAUUAUUUUACUUAUGGUGUGCGACUGUACAGAGCUAGCUAUCCGAGUAUUCCGCUAUCCAUUUUCCUGUAAAUAAAAAUUGAAAAAAUUAGAGAAGUUU